GUCCAGCUCUGUUGCCCAGGCUGGAGUGCAGUGGCACGAUCUCGGUUCACUGCAACUUCCUGGUUCAGCACUGUCUUCUCCCAAACUAGGGGUCCAGGAAGGGUAGGAGUCUUCCCUGUGAUGUCAUAAGAACCAGUCGCCAGGGGAGACCUGCCAAUGUACCCCCUAGGUGGGGGAGAGCAGGGCCCUGCUGCACCCAAGUCCCGGUCGCUCCUCCCCACCACACUGGCCCUCCAUGGAAGCCUUGAUGCAGUGAGCCAGGCCCAAGGACGUCCCGGCCACCCCGACAUACACCCCAGCAUCUACGAGGGGGGCCUGGGGUCCCCACAGCCGCAGUGCCCCAGUGCCCAGGGAAGCAAGCCCAAGAACUUCCGGCUGCGCCACCUACGGGGCCUGGGCCUCUACCUGGAGAGCCACCCACCACCCGCUGGCCAGUGUGAGAGCCACUGGCUGAGCCGGCUCAUGGCUGGGGGCUGCCUGCCACAGCCUGAGGGCACAGCCUGGGCCCUGGACCUGCCACAGGGGACUCUGGGCCCAGGUAAUAGCCUCUGCUCAGCCCUUCUGGAAGCCCGAUUGCCCAGGGACAGCUUGGGAAGCAGUGCUUCCAGUUCCAGUAUGGACCCAGACAAGGGUGCCCUCCCCCAGCCUGGUCCUUCUGAGGGCUUGGGACUCAGGCCCAAGAGGUCCUGGGGGGCCUGGGAAGAGGCCAUGUGUCCCUUGUGCAAGAGAACCCGCUCUGGGGCCCUGGAGAGGCUAUAGGGAUCCCAGGUGCCAGGAUUGGGGACAGGAGGGGAAGGAUGGCCGAGGAGGCAGCCCGAGCAGGAGGGGCUCAGCUCCCGGCAGUGGCCCUGCCACAUGGGGUGGCCCAGGUAGCGGCCCAGCGCCCAGGCCUGGGCCUCAGGAGAAUGUGAUGGGGAGUGGGAGGAGGAGGAGGUCCCGAGGGAGGGGCAGAAGCAAUACAAGCAUAGCCAUGCCCUUGCAGCCCGCUCAGACUCCAGUCAGCCACUUGUACCUGGGAGGCUGGGCUGAGUGGAUCAUCAGGCCCCCCUGCCUCCUACCUGAGAGGCCGGGGAGCCCAGAGGUCUGAUCUCAAUAAAAGCCAAGGCCUGCA